AUGUAUGUGAAAUGGUUUGAUAUAGUAAUGUUUUACUAUGUUAUUUUAGUGAAUUUAGUGAAUGUCACUUUUUGUCAUUUUCAAAUUUCCCGCUGUUCCGUACCAUGCGUCGCAGGGGAUGGAACCCAGAAGACAGAUGCCAGCAUCCGCCGAGGACAUUACAGGGGACACUGCAGGAGGGAAAUCGCGGGAGCGCAGGACAAGGUAAGAGAAGAACAGAUCCCGGAGCAGCGCCGCAUGGUAAGCCCGAGUGUAGCUCGGGGUGAACGCUUGUGCUACACUCGGGAAUACCGCCAGGGAGGCUAC